AUGGCAUACUGGGUCUUUCUAUCAGUUUCCCUUCUGCAUAGCAAGGUCAAUGUCGUCCAUGACAAGCUUCUUUGGACUGGCUGGCUAGUUGGACUGUCGAUUGACCAGAUUGCCAAGGACUUUUCCUCAGUCUCUCCAGAUCAAACAUGGGCGAAGUGGAUUUCCGCAGCUUUCAGUAUGGCAGGCAGGAUUGCGACCGCUGAGCAAGUCUCUUCGUGGAAUGGUCGGAUUCGCUGCUGCUGGACUGACAGACAAUACGCUGAAGAAUAUCGUUGGACUGCAGGGAACUAUGUCUCCAGUAUCCUGCAAAAUGCGACUGGAAACGGCGACUCUACGACGCUUCCAAUCUAUACGUAUACUACUUAUGAGCAUGGCACUUCCUGCUUUUUCGCAGACAGCACAAUCUUGGUUGAUGAGAACAAGGACAAUUCAUCCUUCAUCGCGGCCUACGACAACUUUGCAGACAAUAUCGUAUGUUUUGAUUAA